CCUUGACCCGGAUAAAGCAGAGGGGCGCCUGAGUUCCCAUUACCUAGGCAACAGCCUGCGAGCCUCCACUCUCCUCCCCUCCCCCACCCAGGCCCCAGUCCGGCGUCCGCUCCGGCCGCCGCCACCGCCCCUGUUUUGUUUCCAUGGCGACAGGCGGCGCAGGGCCUGCUCCAAACAUAACGCGCUGUGGAAAACAUGCUGCUCGGGGGAUCCCCCCUCCGCAGUCCCCGCUCUGGGACGAGCCCCGAGGGGCCCCAGAGCAGUACACGCCACGUGCAGUUUGGCAAGAGCCCCCAGACCUGGCCCAGGCGCACAAGACCCCGCUCUCCCGGGCCUGCCGCGCCGUCGGGGGUUCGGGACUCCACUCAGCCGAAGCGCCGUGACUUUCCGAGGCGCGCCUGGCUGACAGCGCUGUCCCGCUAUGGGGCCCGCCUCUGGGUGGGCCGGCGGCCGUCCUUCCCUGAGGCCCGCGGCCCAGUCCCCCGCAGUGCGGUUGCCAGUCGAGCCAAGAGAAGCCUCACCUCCCCGGGGACUUCCCCAUGCCCCCUGCCUGCCACGACCCGAGGGGCGGUGGCGGGGGGCGGGUCCGUGCAGGGGAGGGGAGGAGCACAGAAGGAAGUGUUUCCGGGACAGAGGGCGGGCAAGAUGGCGGCGCCCAUGGAGCUAUUCUGCUGGUCAGGGGGUUGGGGCCUGCCGUCAGUGGACCUGGACAGCCUGGCCGUGCUGACCUAUGCCAGAUUUACUGGUGCUCCACUGAAGGUGCACAAGAUCAGCAACCCCUGGCGGAGCCCUUCAGGAACUUUGCCUGCACUUCGGACCAGUCAUGGAGAGGUCAUCUCAGUACCACACAAGAUCAUCACCCACCUUCGAAAAGAGAAGUACAAUGCUGAUUAUGAUCUGUCAGCUCGGCAAGGGGCAGACACCCUGGCCUUCAUGUCUCUCCUGGAGGAGAAGCUGCUCCCGGUGCUGGUACAUACUUUUUGGAUAGACACCAAGAACUAUGUGGAAGUGACCCGGAAGUGGUAUGCAGAGGCUAUGCCCUUUCCCCUCAACUUCUUCCUGCCUGGCCGCAUGCAGCGGCAGUACAUGGAACGGCUGCAGCUGCUGAGUGGGGAACACAGGCCUGAGGACGAGGAAGAGUUGGAGAAGGAGCUCUACCGAGAGGCUCGGGAGUGUCUGACCCUGCUCUCUCAGCGCCUGGGAUCUCAGAAGUUCUUCUUUGGAGAUGCCCCUGCCUCCUUGGACGCCUUUGUCUUUAGCUACUUGGCCCUGCUCCUGCAGGCCAAGCUGCCCAGUGGGAAGCUGCAGGCCCACCUGCGGGGGCUGCACAACCUCUGUGCCUACUGUACCCACAUCCUCAGCCUCUACUUCCCCUGGGAUGGAGCUGAGGUACCACCCCCACGCCAGACACCAGCAGGCCCAGAGACUGAGGAAGAGCCGUAUGGGCGCCGGAACCAGAUCCUAUCUGUGCUGGCAGGGCUGGCAGCCAUGGUGGGCUAUGCCUUGCUCAGCGGCAUAGUCUCCAUCCAGCGGGCAACGCCUGCUCGGGCCCCAGGCUCCCGGGCCCUGGGCAUGGCUGAGGAGGAUGAAGAGGAAUGAUUGGUCCUCACGCUCCCAGGACUGGUUUUUCUACUCUCAUGCAUUCCAGAGGCCCCUGUGCCUCCUCAGUGUUGGUACAGACAGAAAUGGGGUGCUGCCCCCAGAAUAAAGCCACUCACACUA